AUGAGCAGACGUCAGAACACAGACCCUCGCGUCUUCAUGAGAGGGAACCAGCCCAGAAAGCAGAGGGCAGGUCUCAACACUACCAGAAACCCAGAGGAGAUGCCCUUUAACCCGGCGUCCCACAGGUUUCAGAGACAGACGGAAGAGCAGAAGGCCAAGAGCUCAGCAGAAGCAAAGAUUAGGAAGAGUGAGGAGAAACUCUUCAGCGUCAAAGUGAUCUCGCAGCAGGAUUUGAGGUUCGCCAGAGAAGAUCUAGAAGAGCAGAGGAGAGAGACUGAGAGGCUGAAGAGUGAAGUGUCCUCUCUGACUUCUGCUCUGGAGGAGGCCACGGAGGCUCAAACCAAAGUGGACCUGCUGCAGAAGGAGACACAGGACCUCAAGAAGACUCAGGAGCUGAAGGAAAAAGUCUCGUCUCUGACAUGUGCUCUGGAGGAGGAGAGGAAGAAGGUCACUGAGGCUCAGACCCAAGUGUCCUUUUAUAAAGAAGCAUUGACUAAAGAAAAGUUGUCUGUGAAGGGGUUGGUAAAAGAGACACAUGAACUGAAGGAAGUAGUGUCCUCUCUGACAGAGAACCUGGGCGAGGAGAGGAACAAGGUCUCAGAAGCUCACAGUGAAGUGGAGCUGCUGCAGACAGUAGUGUCCUCUCUGACACAGGACCUGGAGGAGGCCAAGGAGGCUCAGACCAAAGUGGACCUGCUGCAGAAGGAGACACAGGAGCUCAGGAGUGCAGUGUCCUUAUAUAAAUCAUCUCUGACUGAAGAAAAGUCGUCAGUGACGGAGGCCAAGGAGAAACAGCAAGAGCUGCUGAAAGAGACACAUGAACUGAAAAAAGAAGUGUCCUUUCUAAAAACAACUCUGGAGGCAGAAAGGAUCUGCUCAGUGGAGUCUCAGACAACAGUGAACGUGCUUGAGACACAGACACAGGGGUUGAAGGAUCAGGUCUCCUCUCUGACCAGUGCUUUGGAGAAGGGCAGGAGGAGUCUGGAGGAGACUCAGAGUGAAGUGCAGAGACUGGAGAAGGAGUCACUGCAGCUGAAGGAAGAGGUGUCCUCUCUGAAAUCUGCUCUGGAGGAGGCCAAGGAGGCUCAGACCAAAGUGGACCUGCUGCAGAAGGAGACACAGGAGUGUCUCCUGUGUCUCCUGUGUCACCUCAGGAGUGAGGUGUCCUUUUAUAAAGCAGCUCUGACUGAAGAAAAGUCAUCAGUGAAAGAGGCUAAGGGGAAACAGCAGGAGCUGGUAAAACAGACUCAUGAACUGAAACAUGAGGUCUUCUCUCUGACUCAGGACCUGGAGGUACAGAGGAACACUGUCUCAGGAGCUCAGCUCACAGUGGACCUGCUGCAGAAGGAGACACAGGAGCUCAGGAGUGAAGUGUCUUUUCUAAAAACAACUCUGGAGGCAGAAAGGAUCUGCUCAGUGGAGUCUCAGACAACAGUGAACGUGCUUGAGACACAGACACAGGUGUAUCAGGUCUGCUCUCUGACCAGUGCUCUGGAGGAGGACAGGAGGAGUCUGGAGGAGACUCACAGUGAAGUACAGAGGAUGAAGAAGGAGACGCUGCAGCUGAAGGAAGAGGUGUCCGCUCUGACACAGGACCUGGACGAGGAGAGGAACAAGGUCUCAGAAGCUCACAGUGAAGUGGAGCUGCUGCAGACAGAAGUGUCCUCUCUGACUUCUGCUCUGGAGGAGGCCAAGGAGGCUCAGACCAAAGUGGAGCUGCUGCAGAAGGAGACACGGGACCUCAGGAGUGAAGUGUCCUUUUAUAAAUCAGCACUAACAGAAGAAAAAUCGUCAGUGAAGGAGGCUGAAGGGAAACAGCAGGUGCUGUUGAAAGAGACACAUGAACUGAAGAGUGAAGUGUCCUCUCUGACUUCUGCUCUGGAGGAGGCCACGGAGGCUCAAACCAAAGUGGACCUGCUGCAGAAGGAGACACAGGACCUCAAGAAGACUCAGGAGCUGAAGGAAAAAGUCUCGUCUCUGACAUGUGCUCUGGAGGAGGAGAGGAAGAAGGUCACUGAGGCUCAGACCCAAGUGUCCUUUUAUAAAGAAGCAUUGACUAAAGAAAAGUUGUCUGUGAAGGGGUUGGUAAAAGAGACACAUGAACUGAAGGAAGUAGUGUCCUCUCUGACAGAGAACCUGGGCGAGGAGAGGAACAAGGUCUCAGAAGCUCACAGUGAAGUGGAGCUGCUGCAGACAGUAGUGUCCUCUCUGACACAGGACCUGGAGGAGGCCAAGGAGGCUCAGACCAAAGUGGACCUGCUGCAGAAGGAGACACAGGAGCUCAGGAGUGCAGUGUCCUUAUAUAAAUCAUCUCUGACUGAAGAAAAGUCGUCAGUGACGGAGGCCAAGGAGAAACAGCAAGAGCUGCUGAAAGAGACACAUGAACUGAAAAAAGAAGUGUCCUUUCUAAAAACAACUCUGGAGGCAGAAAGGAUCUGCUCAGUGGAGUCUCAGACAACAGUGAACGUGCUUGAGACACAGACACAGGGGUUGAAGGAUCAGGUCUCCUCUCUGACCAGUGCUUUGGAGAAGGACAGGAGGAGUCUGGAGGAGACUCAGAGUGAAGUGCAGAGACUGGAGAAGGAGUCACUGCAGCUGAAGGAAGAGGUGUCCUCUCUGAAAUCUGCUCUGGAGGAGGCCAAGGAGGCUCAGACCAAAGUGGACCUGCUGCAGAAGGAGACACAGGAGUGUCUCCUGUGUCUCCUGUGUCACCUCAGGAGUGAGGUGUCCUUUUAUAAAGCAGCUCUGACUGAAGAAAAGUCAUCAGUGAAAGAGGCUAAGGGGAAACAGCAGGAGCUGGUAAAACAGACUCAUGAACUGAAACAUGAGGUCUUCUCUCUGACUCAGGACCUGGAGGUACAGAGGAACACUGUCUCAGGAGCUCAGCUCACAGUGGACCUGCUGCAGAAGGAGACACAGGAGCUCAGGAGUGAAGUGUCUUUUCUAAAAACAACUCUGGAGGCAGAAAGGAUCUGCUCAGUGGAGUCUCAGACAACAGUGAACGUGCUUGAGACACAGACACAGGUGUAUCAGGUCUGCUCUCUGACCAGUGCUCUGGAGGAGGACAGGAGGAGUCUGGAGGAGACUCACAGUGAAGUACAGAGGAUGAAGAAGGAGACGCUGCAGCUGAAGGAAGAGGUGUCCGCUCUGACACAGGACCUGGACGAGGAGAGGAACAAGGUCUCAGAAGCUCACAGUGAAGUGGAGCUGCUGCAGACAGAAGUGUCCUCUCUGACUUCUGCUCUGGAGGAGGCCAAGGAGGCUCAGACCAAAGUGGAGCUGCUGCAGAAGGAGACACGGGACCUCAGGAGUGAAGUGUCCUUUUAUAAAUCAGCACUAACAGAAGAAAAAUCGUCAGUGAAGGAGGCUGAAGGGAAACAGCAGGUGCUGUUGAAAGAGACACAUGAACUGAAGAAAGAAGUGUCCACUCUGACUUCUGCUCUGGAGGAGGAGUGGAACAAGGUCAUGGAGGCUCAGAGUCACAUGGACGUGUUGGAGAAGGAGACGCUGCAGCUGUUGUCUGCAGUGACAGACCUCAGCCUCAGGGGGGCGCAGCAGGAGCAGAGCAUUCAGCAGCAGCAGGACGUGUUCACAGCUCAACAGCAGGAACUCCAAACUGCUGUGGCUCAAAUGAAAACUCUGUCAGACAAGCUAGAGUCUGAGGAGCAGAGGAGGACACUGCUGGAACAGAAGAUAGAGGAGCUUUCUCUCUCUCUGACCUCUUCACAGAAGACCAGCUCCACUCUGAGGCAGGAGAACAACCUGCUGCAACAAACCAUGGCCAGGAUGGAGCAGCAGCGACAGGAGGAACUCCUCCUGAAGAAGAAGAGGAAGAGGAGGUGGUUCUUAUGUGGCUCUGAAAGAGCUUCCAGCCAAUAA